AUGGCUGAGCAAGCGACACGGGCAUUUCAGUCAGUUGUGGGAAUCGUUGGGAUCUGCGGUAAUGGUUUGGUGUGCGCGGUCAUCGCUAAGGUUCGUUUCAUGCACACCCUGACAAACACCUUCAUCUUCAACCAAGCCCUGAUCGAUCUCCUCGGGUCGUUGGUGACUCUGCUUCUGAAUAUCGUACCAAUCCCUGAUCCGAUACCUCCUGGGGCUACUGGAGUGUUUAUCUGCGCUAUGUGGGAAAGUGGCUACCUCCAAUGGGGACUGUUCACCGCAUCCACAUUCAACCUGGUCGUCCUUACUCUAGAGAGGUACCUGGCCAUAGUGUUCCCUUUCAAGUACCAAGCACUGACCUAUCAUAAGAGAGCCAUAGCCGUCAUUUUUGCCGGAAUUUGGGUGUGCGGAUUCCUGUUCAACGGUUUCGGCAUCUACCUCCGCUACUACGAGGCUGGUGAGUGCGUGCUGAAUCCGGUGGCACACCCAGAAGCCCUUGGCGUGUUUAUCUUCGCCUGCCGGUUCUUGGUACCCUUCUUUGUCAUGCUAGUUGUCUACGUCCACAUCGCGGUGGUCCUGAAGAAAGGAGCUGGGCGAGUUUUGCCUGCACCGGCGGCUGCCGGUCCAUCUACCGGCCAAGCUCCCGAGGGCCAGGGGGAGUCUCUGAUGCGUGCUCGCCGUAACACCUUCAAGACCCUCAUGAUCGUCUCUACCAUUUUCGUCAUCUGCUGGGCCCCGAGCGAAGUCAACUUUUUCCUCUUCAACCUCGGCGUGGAAGUCGACUUCAAUUCGCCCAUAUUCUACAUUAUGAUCGGGUUAGGUGCUCUCAACUGCUGCCUUAACCCGUUCAUAUAUGCCAUCAAGUACAAGCAGUUCCAGAAGGCGCUGAAAGUUGUCUUUUGUAAGAGGGGGGACGAAGCUUCACUUUCAACAGUAAGUACCAGCCGCAACUGA